UUUCCAGAUGAUUCCUCCUCCAAGAUCCGCCUCCCGGCGGCGAACCCAGCCGCUGUCGGCCAGGAACCGCCGCAGCGCCGAUCCCUCCCCACUCUCCGGGAGCAGGACCAGUACAUGCCAAUCGCCAACGUGAUCCGGAUAAUGCGGCGGAUCCUGCCCGCCCACGCCAAAAUCUCCGACGACGCCAAGGAGACGAUCCAGGAGUGCGUCUCCGAGUACAUCAGCUUCGUCACCGGCGAGGCUAACGAGCGGUGCCAGCGCGAGCAGCGGAAGACUGUCACCGCCGACGACGUGAUCUGGGCAAUGGGGAAGCUCGGAUUCGACAGCUACGUUGAGCCGCUUUCGCGCUUCCUCGCUAGGUACCGAGAGACGGAGGGCGAUCGGGCGUCUUACCGGGACCCGAUGAUGCUGAAGCGGAGCUCCAAUGAUUUUGGGGGUAUGGUGAUGCCGCCUCCGCCGCUGCCACCGCAGCAGCAGCAGAUGGUUGGUUAUAUGCAGGGGAAUUUUCUGAUGCAGGGCGAUCAUCUGCAGCAGCAGCAGCAGCAGCAGCAGGGGAUGUAUGAUGGUGGCGUGCUGAAUGGGUACUACAGGGAUCCGUUCGGGUCGGGUUCGGGCAGUGGGAGCGGCGAGGACGGUGGAGGAACUUCUCAGAAUGGGAUGUCUGGGUUUGAUCUGUAUUCUCAUUACAAAUAA